ACACAGACAGACAGAGAAAGUGCAUGUAAAGUUAUGAAGGACAGCCUGCAGGUCCCUCCUCCCUUGACUCCUUGGGAAUGCAACACCCUCCUCAGGAUGGAGGACUCUAGUUUGUGCCUUGGUGUAUCCUCGGUGGUCCCGGAUGCUGACACCCAUCUCAGCAAUGCAGUACUUAAUGGCCGCUACCCAAUCAGUCAGAAACUUCAUCAGCUGACUGCUCAGCUGGGUCAUGCCUUUCCUGAACUACAGAGUUGCCAACAGAUCCCAGAGGAAAAGGCAGCCACUCCGCUGGAUGAGAAAACCCACGCUGCCUUAGCUAAUCAGCCAAUCAGUAGUCAGAUGGCCUUACUGGCCAACCAGCUUAACCGUGACAUGGAUGUGGGUGCCCUGAGUGGUCUCAAUGGCCGUGUUGAUUUGCAACAAUUUCUCAAUGGGCAGAACUUGGGAAUCGUGACCCAGAUGAAUGACAUAGAAGAUGAUGCCCGUAAGAACCGCAAAUACCCCUGUCCACUAUGUGGCAAGCGCUUCCGCUUUAACAGCAUUCUGUCUCUUCAUAUGCGUACACACACUGGAGAGAAGCCCUUCAAAUGCCCCUAUUGUGACCAUAGAGCUGCUCAAAAGGGUAACUUGAAGAUCCACCUCCGCACCCAUAAGCUGGGAAAUCUUGGUAAGGGCCGUGGUCGUGUACGUGAGGAAAACAGACUGCUUCAUGAACUUGAAGAGAGGGCCAUUCUACGUGAUAAGCAAAUGAGGAGCAGCUUGCUGCAACCCUCUCAACCUCUUCCAGCCCACUUGGGUAUUCAGAGUCACAACCAGCAACAGCCUGGCUCUGCCUGUGGCCUGCUCACUCCAACUAGUAUCGGCAGCUCACCUGAUGGACUGAGCCAGCCGUCUGCCUCACCUAAGCCCGCAGGUGCCAACUUGCAAGAUGAGCAAGCCCUCAAUCCAGCCCAAGGAUUUCGGUGCACUUUUUGCAAGGGUAAAUUUAAGAAGCGUGAGGAGCUAGAGCGCCACAUUCGCAUUCUCCACAAGCCCUACAAGUGUACCCUGUGUGAAUUCGCUGCUUCCCAAGAGGAGGACCUCAUCUCCCAUGUGGAGAAAACUCACAUCACAGCUGAAUCAGCCCAGGGACAAGGCACGGGAGCUGGCAAUGGAGAGAAGCCCAACAAUGAAUUUCGCUGUGAGGUUUGUGGCCAGGUCUUCAGUCAAUCUUGGUUUUUGAAAGGCCACAUGCGGAAACACAAGGACUCCUUUGAGCAUUGCUGCCAGAUCUGUGGACGCCGUUUCAAGGAGCCCUGGUUCCUUAAGAAUCACAUGAAGGUACACCUAAACAAGCUGGCCAUCAAGAGCAAGCCCCCUAUAGGCGGAGGAGCUGAUGAAGAUGGACCCUCUGUGAACAGCAUGAGCAGCCUGGCUCAAGAAGCCCACGCCAAUCUGUAUUCACGUUACAUUUCUUGUCUACAAAGUGGAUUCCUCACACCCGACAAGCAAGGCCUGGCUGAACAGCAGCACCAGAUGCUGGCCAAGGCUGGUAUAGCUAUGAAGGAGAAGGAGAUGCUUGGAAGGCUCCUAAACCCAAUGGCCAACAUGUGCCACGGCUUAGGGGAAAAUGAAAAGCGCUCACUCUUGGGUUGCCUGAACCUGGUACCCCCUCUGAAGUCAAGCUGUAUGGAGCGCUUGCAAGCCGCAGCAAAGGUGGCGGAGAUGGACCCCCUGAACAGCUAUCAAGCCUGGCAAAUUAUGGCUCGUGGAAUGGCUAUGGAACGCUCCUUCAUGCCAAAAGAGCAGCACCAUGGGGGGCAUGGACAAGAAGAUGAACUUGCCAGUGCAGCUGGGAUUGUUCUCUUUGGGAAAGACAAGCUUGAGCACCCAACCUUAGGCUCUAGUGAUGGUUCCAAGCAGAAGCAACACCCUGAUGUCCUUCAUGGAGUGAAGACAAGUGGAGGCAUGAUGCCCUUGAAAGAUGAGGGUCUAAGCUUUGAUAGCCACCGUGAGUUCUUGCCUCACCAUGGGGGUCUGGGCCUGGGCCUGGGCCAAGGGCUUGAGUACAGCCUAGCUGGCUUGAAAGAGAAAGCAACUGAGUGUCCUGACUGUGGCAGAGUUUUUAGAACCUACCACCAGAUGGUGGUCCACUCCCGGGUACACAGCAAGGACCGUCGAACCCUAGAGGACAGCUCCCAGCAUGGUCUGGACGAAAGGCGUGGCUCAGCUAGCGACCCUGAAUCUCAGUCCAUCAGCCGAUCCACCACCCCAGGCUCCUCCAAUGUGACAGAGGAAAGCGGUGCUGGAGGCGGACACUCCCAAACGGGCAGUGUGCAGGCAUAUAUAAAGUAUUAA